GCGUAUAAUUUUUAAUAGCCUUUUCUAUGUUUUUAUAAUUUAGCAAAACAUUUUUAAGAAAAUGUAUGAUAAGUUGUUGUUCACCCAUCUUUUCAAUAAUCUGCUUGUAUUCAAUCCCUUUAGUUUAUACACAUAAAAUGUGUUCGGAGUGGCUUUGAACAUCAUAUGUGUUAAUGUCUAUUGUUUUUUCUUUUCUUUAAGCAUAAUGGAGAACUUGUAUUUCAAAUUACAUUUUAUGUGCUAAAUUUUCACAGUCUUCAUUCAUUUAAGCCACAAAUGUCAUUUAGUGCUGCAACAACUAGUUGUCUUAGAUUUCAUUGUAAUAUUCCUUUAAUUUAAAAUGCACUUUUCCUUGUAAAACCAGCUGUUUUUCCCCUUAAUAAUAGAAGUCUUUAAGAGCUCAGCAGUUGUUUUGAUAAAUAAAAUAGACCAAAGCGUGUGGAGAAAUAAAAAAGUAAUUCAGAUUAAGUAUUCUAUCAUAUAUCAAAAGCAAAAUUGGCAGCCUGGAUUUUCAUGCUUAUCUGUUUCAUUUUCAUCAUUCCAUUUCCUCUGCUGCUGUUGAAGUGGAACAUAGUGACUUUUUCACAUCUGUUUCAAAUAAUCACCCAGUGGUUCUUUUUAUAACAAAGAUGAAACUCAGUUUGUGUAUUCCUAACAUUUUUCCAUGUGAAAGUGUGGGAGUUCCAUUUAUAAAUGUAGUGCAUAUAAUUGCAUCAUCUAACUUUGAUUCUAAGGGUAAGUUUUUAGGGAAUCAGCAGCUUAACUAUCUGACAUCUUACUUAUUUCUUGAGUCCUAAUGAUGGUCUGAACAUAUUACUAACAAAAGCUGCACAAGAGCUGUUUCCUGUGUCCUUGGCACAAGAGAACUCAGAGAAAUUUUAAAAUGAAAGAUGGUAUUUUGAAGCAAUAGAUUCUGUUGCUAGAAUGACAGGUACAAAGUGAGUAGUAACAGAAGAGCUAUUUGGUGUUUCAGAAUACAAAAUAAUGUUAGCACCCGAGAGACCAUGUCGAAGUUACUAGAACUGUUACAUGAACUUUUGGGACAUAGAUAUUUCACAUCAUUCACCAAACACAGAAAUUAUAUUUUCUAUGUUGAUCUCAAAAUAAAUACUGCAGCACUAUUUCAGUAGUGAGCUUGUGAACUCCUCUAAAGUUUCUGAACAUUUUUAAUUCUUGGAUCUUUGCUUCUGUUUUCCAUGCCUUGAUUUACUCUUUUAGUUUGCAGGUAACCGUCUCCACAUUUGCAUCUUUGUCUGAUAGCAGCAUCUUUAUUUGUAAGUGAUACAGAAUAUUUGUUUAGUUCUGAGGCUGUAGCUAGGUGAUCCUAGGUGAAUCUCUUCAUCACCAUUGCAUAACAAGUGAUUUUUAUAUUUUCUUGUUUCUUGUAAUUGAUAUGGUUAAAUAAACUUACACAUUUAAACGGCCAAAUCAUUAAGGAUCUAAUUCAGCUUGACUUUCAUCAAGUCUCAUUUUAAUCCUACAUCCUAUCCUUUGGCUUCUCAGACGUUGCUCGCACUUCUGAUCAGUUCCUGUUAUAUUCCUUGUAAGAUCUUCUUAUUUCUAAUGUGAAUUUAUAUGCAAAAAUUGCUUUCAUGCUGUUGUAUAUCAAACUAUUUUUAGCAAUUUCUCUUCAUGGACGAUGUAUAAUUUUUUUUUUUUUCUCUGCUCUGACUGCAGAGUACUCCAAGUUUGCUCUAUGAACAAGCCUCUUGAGUUCUUUAAGAAAUUUUAAUUAUGUGGAAAUUUUGAACAGUGAAAGCUCCAUUUUGAACUUUCUUCUUUAAAGAGACAUUAAAAUUCAUAAGAGAUCAAGUUAUACCAAGUGUACAGAGGCUCCUGAAAGAAUACCUGGACCAAAUGGAUUGAAAAGUUUGAGUGUUCAAAGUCCAAAGUAUGACCUACAGGACAUAUUUUCUACACUGAAAUCUUUCUAAAUCCACAGUUUGCUUUCUGGAUGCCUUCAAAGGAAGGAAAGGUCUAUUUGGGAUGAAAGUUAUUAUGAGGAAAAAAUGUUUUUUCUUUUGCUUUAUACUUCUGGCUAUGAUAACAAACCAGAUAGUACAUGGGCAAAACAGAAAAAAAGGAAAGAAUAUUUACUCUCCUAUGCCAAAAGAUGAAGGUGAUAUGUGUCUUGUUGAUAUAGUCUUUAUCUUGGACAGUUCAGAAAGUGCCAAAAAUCGGUUGUUUGAUUUACAGAAGAAUUUUGUUCAAAACAUAACUGACAGCAUUUUCCAGAUGAAGCCAGUUAAGUCUCACAUGUAUAAUGUCAAACUAGCAAGUAUGCAGUUCAGCAGCACAGUUAGCAUUGAUCAUCCCUUUACAGCCUGGAAAAAUGUCCAGAAUUUUAAGGAAAAAAUCAGCUCUCUGGGCUUUAUUGGCCAUGGCACUUAUUCCUAUUAUGCAGUUUCAAAUGCCACUCAGCUGUUUAAAACUGAAAGUCGUAAGACAAGUGUGAAAGUGGCUUUUUUGAUGACUGAUGGUGUGGAUCAUCCAAACAGCCCUAAUGUCCAAGGGAUAGCCACAACUGCUAGAAGUAUUGGAAUACAUUUCAUUACCAUUGGCCUUUCUAAGAAAACAGUCCAAGAAGAAAAAUUGCGCUCGAUAUCUGGUGAUUCAUCCUCUAAACACGUUCUAUGCCUGGAUGAUCAGAACCUGGUAGUUGAUGUAGCAUUGCAACUGGAAUCCUUGUUACAGAAGCAGUGUGUGCGGAAGAUCUGCGAGUGUGGAAAGGGACUAAAAGGAGACAAAGGUGAUUCAGGCAGUGCUGGCAGCAAAGGGGAGAAAGGUGACCCAGGACCAAAAGGAAACAAGGGUGAUGCUCAAAAAGGAGAUCAUGGAGAGAAAGGUGAAGAGGGAGCUCCUGGCUACAAGGGAGACAAGGGUGAAAGAGGAGAAUGUGGACCUCCAGGAACAAAAGGCGAAAUAGGUUUGCAGGGCUCUGUGGGCCCUACAGGACCUCGGGGACCUCAGGGUAUCAGGGGAGAUCCAGGUCAGCAAGGCCCAAAAGGCAUUCAAGGAAACAAGGGAGAACAAGGCCCUCCAGGUCCCUAUGGUCCUGCAGGACCCCCUGGCAUUGGAGAGCCAGGACCCAAGGGUGCUGAAGGUCGAGAAGGUAAAAUUGGAUUACCAGGACCUCCUGGAAUUGGUGAGCCAGGAUUACCUGGACCACCUGGCCCUGCUGGGUCACCAGGUGAUAGAGGUCCACAAGGAGAGGGCAUUCAAGGCCAAAAGGGUGAAAAAGGCUCUGAAGGUGUACGCGGUCCUCCUGGACCAAAAGGUGAACAAGUCAAAGGUGACAAGGGUGAACAAGGCCAAGUAGGACCACGGGGCCCACCAGGACCACCAGGAAUGGGCAAUCCAGGAAGCCGGGGUAUACAGGGUCCACAAGGAAUCCCUGGGGCAAAAGGCUCUCAAGGUUCUGGUCGGCCAGGACCAAAGGGUGAACCAGGUGAACCUGGACAAAAAGGAGAAGCAGGACUUCCAGGAAUUAGCUCAUCAGGACUUAAAGGAGAUACAGGUCUACCAGGACCCCCAGGAGAGAAGGGGGUGAUAGGAGAGAAGGGAUUGACAGGGAAAAAGGGGGAAAAGGGAGAUCAAGGUCCAAGAGGCCCAGAAGGACCCCCUGGCAAAGGAGAUGUAGGUCAAAAGGGUGACCCUGGAGAAAAAGGAUCCAAAGGAGUGAUUGGUCUUACAGGACCAAAAGGCCCAGCUGGACCAAAAGGUGAUCCUGGAGAGAGAGGACUCCCUGGUGUAGCUGGAUCAUCUGUUUUGGGACCUCCUGGACCAAAGGGGGAUCCAGGAGACAAGGGACCACCAGGAGAUGAUGGACUUCCUGGAAAUUCAAUAAUGGGACCAACGGGAGACCGAGGAGUACCUGGACCACCUGGACCCCAUGGAGAAAAAGGUGAUAAAGGUGACAAAGGUGAAGCUGGACCUCCAGGACCAGCAGGCCCUGAAGGACCAGCAGGACCAAAAGGCGUGGGAGAUGCUGGACCAAAGGGAGACCAAGGAAUUAGAGGCCAACCUGGGCCACGAGGGCCUCCAGGAUGGGGAAGCAUGGGUCCCAAGGGUAUUAUGGGACGUAAAGGCUUGCCUGGUCCACCUGGCCCCCCUGGUAUCAGCAUACAAGGAGAAAAGGGAGAAAAAGGAAAUAAAGGUUUUCCUGGACCAAAAGGAUCAGUAGGAACUGGCCUUCCUGGACGAAAGGGAGACUAUGGUGAUAAAGGUGAUCCAGGGAGUAAAGGUGCCAAAGGAGAGAUUGGAGACCCAGGACCUCCAGGGCCAAGGGGAAUUGGGGGAAUAAAAGGUGAACCUGGUCUUUCGAGAGAAGAUGUUAUCAGACUUAUCAAUGAAAUAUGUGGUUGUGGUAUCAAAUGUAGAGUAACACCACUGGAACUACUAUUCGUCAUUGACAGCUCAGAAAGCGUUGGACCAGAUAACUUCAAUAUUAUCAAAACCUUUAUGAAAACAUUCAUUGACAAAGUUUCGGCCAACCACGCUACAACCCGCAUUGGCAUUAUCAAUUUCAGCCACAGAGUGGACCUGGUGUCUUCUCUGAAGCAGUACACAAGCAAAGAGUACCUGAAAUCAGCUGUUGACAAGAUGCCUUACUUAGGAGAGGGCACAUACACGGCUUCUGCUAUCCAAGAGGCCAUUCACCUAUUCCAGGCCGCGCGCCCGGCAGUGAGGAAGGUGGCUGUUGUAAUAACAGAUGGACAGGCUGACAGUCGUGAUAAAGUACAACUGGAUACUGUAGUAAGAGAGGCUCAUGCUACAAAUAUUGAGAUAUUUGUCAUUGGGAUUGUACAAAGGACUGAUCCUCACUAUGAUGAUUUCCUAAAAGAAAUGCAGCUCAUUGCAACAGACCCUGAUGAAGAACACGUUUAUCAGAUAGAUGACUUCAUAACGCUUUCAGCUCUUGAAAAUAAACUGAUCACAAAAAUCUGUGAGAACGAGUCUGCAGUGUACACCAGAAAAUACAAUAUUUUAUCUCCAUCUCCCAGUCUGGAAUCUGAAAUUUCCAGGAAAGAUGCUAAUAGCCAGUUACCUAAAAUGACCACUUCAGAGAUUGACAUGCUUCCUACAGAAGGAAUUAGUUACCCACAUAAUCCACCACAAUCUGGAUACAUUGAGCCUCUGCCAUCUUCUCAGGACCACACCGUGACCACCUCUGCUCACAGAGAAUCUCUACUUCCCUCAGUUGAUAACAUAUCUGAAAUCAGACCCCUAAGUCCAGCUGUCAAUCCUGUCUUCAGUGGAACUUCUACUGAAGAUCACCAGCCAGCUCUGUGGCAAACACAAGUAGCAACAAGUAGCAACAACCCAAAAAAUCCAAGGUGCUUGGAACCCAUGAAACCAGGGGAUUGCUGGGACUACGUGGUGAAAUGGUAUUAUGACAAGAAUGGCAAUUCGUGUGGCCAGUUCUGGUAUGGAGGUUGUAAUGGUACCAACAAUAGAUUUGAAACAGAAAAAGAAUGUCAAGAAACCUGUGUUGAUUGAUGAAUAAAAAUGACUUCUGUUGGGAACUUUUGAAGCUGGAAGUUCAUGUGUACUGAGGAAAACUGACUGAGAAGAAUCCAAAAUGAUGUGUUAGCUUGAAAUUAUUACUGCUGUACUUUAUUGUUUUCCCCACUAGUGUCUGCACAUUAACCAGGUUCCUGUACAAUGUAUGUUAACUGCAACACCAUAGCAAUAACUUGAAGUCACACAUACACACACACACAAACACAGGGAGAUGCAUUUUCCCUGCAAAUUUACAAUAAACUGAUACUAUUUCACAUGGGAAUAAUGAGGUUCUAUUUUUAGGAUUAAAAUGUCAGAAGUGCUUACACUUAGUUUCUAAUUACAAAGGUCUCUUAGUCUCAUAGAAGAAUAAAAUAUGCUCUAGUUUUAAACAAUAGUAAGUGGUUCCUGAAAUCAGCACUCUUAAUACAGCUUUUAGAGACCUAAAUAAAGAUUUCCAUUGAUUAGAGUUCUUCUUUGGAAUGUAAAGGUAUAGGUAAUUAGAGAGGGGUUUUGUCCAUUAUUAUUGUUAUUAUGUCCAUUAUUAUUAUGUCCAUUAUUAAAGCAAACUUGGAUUAACAUCAACAUAAUAGUUUCAAUUAAAAAGGUUGGACCUUCAUUUAGAAUUACUUUAAAAACAGGGUUCUUCAUGUCCUUUAGGGCAGUCAGUACAUUUCAAUUUCUCAGGGCCUCUGGGUUAAAAAGAAAAAAAAAUUAUUUCACUCUAAUACUUUAAUAUAUGCUACUAACUAAAAAAGGGAAAAGCACUGAAAGAUAUUAAUGUUUAUUUACAUCCUUUCUACUUAUAGCCAUAACCCUAUAUGAGCACUUUGUUAAAACUGAAAAUUAUUAAAAUUGGAAGUAAUACCUGAUAAAGAGUCAAGCAUCAUUAUUUCUUUGUGAACAAAAGAACAGAAUCUACACAGGCAGUAUCAACAACUCUUGAUAUGCUCAAACAAUUUCUUGCACAAUUUGAAAAUAAAUGACAGGAUGUACUUUACAAAAUUAACUCUUUUGCAGCAAAUAGGAUGCAAAACCUAAUUCUGUGGAAAGCUGUGCUUGGA